CUUCCGGCCUUUGUAGCCCGUCUGUCCUCGCGCUGCGGUUGUCAAGGACUCGGAGGUGGUGCGGUGUGCCCGGGUGGCCUCUCGUCCCACGGAUGCCCGCCACAUCGUUUGCCCAACUGGCCGUUCCUGGAAGAAUCCAGGCAUGCUACCACCUCCAAGGACUCGACCUUCCCUUUGCAUGGAACAGUCCAUCUCCAGAUAGUCAUGUGACUGCUGCUCAUGUCCCUCAGGUUUCUGCUCAAACUUUACCUUCUCAACAAGAUUUUGGGAUUUCCAGGAGAAAAGCUCAAAGAGGAAUCAUCAAGAAUAGACUCUUUUUCUGAAGAGUUAAGCCUAAGAUGGCCACAGCCUUGGCCCUUCAGACUUCAGAGAUGACGGAAGGGCUUCUGACAGUAAAGGUAGAAGAGGAAGAGGGGGAUUGUGCCUGUGGGCAGGAAUCUGGCCUGUCGAGCGAUAACCCUCAUACCAGAGAGAUCUUUCGUAGACGCUUCCGGCAGUUGUGCUACCAGGAGACUCCCGGGCCCCGCGAGGCGCUGAGCCGGCUCCGGGAGCUCUGCCGUCAGUGGCUGCGCGAGACCCACAGCAAGGAGCAGAUCGUGGAGCUGCUGGUGCUGGAGCAGUUCCUGACCAUCCUGCCCGAGGAGCUGCGGGCCUGGGUGCGGGAGUACCGCCCACUGAGUGGGGAGGACGCGGUGACUGCGCUGGAGGAUCUGGAGAGGGAGCUGGAUGAGCCGGGAGAGCAGGUGGAAGAUGGGAGAACAGAGGUCCCAACCUAUGCUUGUGAACAGGGAGAGUUUGCGAAGGAGAAAGCAACUUGGGGAGCAGCCCAGGAGUUGUCAGGUGGCCCUCUCCAGCCGUUGGAAGAGCUGCCUCGGAGCAGUUCGCAAGAGCUGUACCCGGUUCAGGAGAUCGGUCAUGAGGCUGGGACUUGGAACGUGGAGUUAGCCCCACAGAGGGAGCUUUGUAAAGAAAUGAGAUCUCUUGUGGAAGUACCCGAAAAACUGAAUGGUGAUAUUACUCAGAUGCCUGAACGUGGAGACGCCUGUGACCACGAGGGCAGAUUGGAAAGGCAGCGGGCAAGCUCUUCCGUGGAGAGACCCUAUAUCUGUGGUGAAUGUGGGAAGAGCUUCACCCAGAAUUCCAUCCUUAUCGAGCACCAGAGAACCCACACGGGGGAGAAGCCCUACGAGUGCGAUGCGUGUGGGCGGGCCUUCGGGCAGCGGUCAGGCCUGUUCCAGCACCAGAGACUCCACACCGGGGAGAAGCGCUACCAGUGCAGCGUCUGCGGCAAAGCCUUCAGUCAGAACGCCGGGCUCUUCCACCACCUCAGGAUCCACACGGGGGAGAGGCCCUUCCAGUGCGGUCAGUGCAGUAAGAGCUUUAGUCGACGUUCUGUCCUCAUUAAGCAUCAGAGAAUUCACACUGGGGAGAGGCCUUACGAAUGUGGGGAGUGCGGCAAGAACUUCAUUUACCACUGCAACCUCAUUCAGCAUCGGAAGAUCCACCCCGUGCUGCGUCCAACCGGCCCCUUGGAACAGAGCAUCUUUACCUUCAAAUCAUUGGCCUGACCACAGCAGUUCACCCUAAAUGAUUUAAUUGAAAUGGAGAAUGAGAAGAUGCUUCCAAAGUAGAUGAAAUCUGAAGAGAUAACAUGCCAACAGAGACACAUUGUCAGAUUAGAUGGAGGUAUUCCGCAGCGCUUUGAUAUGUAGAACUGCAGAAAUAUCAGAGAAGACUAGAAGGAUAUCCAUGAUGGCAUAAGUGUGAUGAAUGUGGAAUGAGUUCCAUCCUUAUUCAGCAUCCGAGCUACGCACUGAGGAGAAAUGCUAUGAAUGUGAUGAAUGUGGAAAAGCUUUUGGUGAAGAGUGCAGGCUUCACUGAAGAGAGUUCACACUGAAUGAGACCACAGAUGUGGUGGAUAUGGGACAAUAUGCAAGCACUGGACCAGUUCAUCACAGAGAAGGCAUCCUGGAAAGAGACCUUAUAAUAGAAGUGACUUCACACCAGUGAGAAGUGUUACCAUCUGAACAAGUGUGGGAGAGCUAACAGUUGGAACACGGAGCUUUUCCACUGCGUCAGAAUUGUGUUGAGGAAAACUUUUAGUGUAAUCAAUGUAGUAAAAAUUUUCCUGGAUGUUUCAUUCCUUAUUCAAUAUCAGAAAACUCACUCAAGAGAAUGUGGGAAGUUGAUAAAUAUGGAUGGAAAGGCUGUGAACAGUAAACGCUAAACUUUUAGCUAACACUAAAAACUUUCAAAUGUCCAGCAUCUGAGACUGGCAAAGGCAGAAUCUCUUCAUACCAGACCUCUCGGUGGUCUUUGAUGGGAAGUGACCCUUCAGAAUGUCCCUCAAAACCUGGUCAGAUUCAACAAAGCAAGCCAGUUACUUUUUCCUUAACAGCCUCUUCAAAACAAGCUACAUUAUUUUAGUGAUUCAAAGUGCUGCCUAUGGACCACCACUUCAGAUUUCCAGAUAUUUAAUAGUUGUUCCUAAAUACAGUUCUUACGAAAGCUUG